CAACGCAAGUGACGUAACCUCAAACCAAAGUCGUCCUUCGGGGCUUCGGUCGUACAUAACCUUAAAUGUUUAUAUUAUUUUAGCAAAUAAAUAUUUUGAACUUAAAUAUAAUUUUAAACAACUUAACAGAUUACUUUCACAAGAUGUUGACUUGAAAUAUUUUUUAAAUUGUUCAUCAUGUCCUAUGCAAAAGUGCUUCAUUGCACUCUGUGCUUGAAACAAGGUAUUGUGGGUCUUUCAACGAAAUCAGUGCUAUUCAAAGUCAAAAAUGGAGCCUUAACCCAGCAAAUAGCAAAAUUUACUACAUCCCACAGUUGGAACAGCAAACUUCCAAUCACUUCACAGACACAAGCUAUACCGAAUGUGAAGAAAAACAAAAAUGUUCCACAAGACACUAGAAUAUGGAAGGAAACACCCUCACAUGAUAGAAAGGCAAAUAUAGGACAAUACUGCUUAAUGCUUUCGAAAUUUCGACUUACAUCACUAGUGGUAAUGACUUCAAUGGCCGGGUAUGCUCUUGCGCCUGCACCUUUCGAGGUGUGCAGCUUUGUGCUCUGUGCAGCCGGCACAGGGCUGGUGUCAGCUGCAGCUAACUCCAUCAACCAGUACCAUGAGGUGCCAUUUGAUGCACAGAUGUCCAGGACAAAGAACCGGGUGCUUGUCAAAGGAUUGCUUGAGCCAUCAGAUGCUAUCGGCUUCGCAGCAGUUGCCGGCACGGUUGGUCUCGGCAUCCUGUACUCAGUAAACCCACUGACGGCUUCCCUGGGGGCUCUCAACCUGUUUCUAUACACCUCCGUAUACACACCCAUGAAGAGGAUGUCUAUUCUCAACACGUGGUUGGGAUCAGUAGUGGGAGCCAUCCCGCCUCUGAUGGGAUGGGCGGCGUGCACGGGCAGCUGGGACGCCGGUGCGCUGGUGCUGGGCGCGGUGCUCUACUCCUGGCAGUUCCCGCACUUCAACGCCUUGUCCUGGAACCUCCGCCCGGACUACUCCAAGGCUGGCUACCGGAUGAUGGCGGUUACUGACCCCGCACUGUGCCGGAGAGUAGCCCUGCGGCACACGGGCGUGAUCACAGCGACUUGCCUCGCCUCCUCCUACUUGGACGUCACCAACAUGUGGUUCGCGCUGGAAUCUUUGCCUUUGAACCUCUACUUCAUGUAUUUAGCUUGGGUAUUCUACAAAAAAGCAGACAGCGCUAGCUCAAGGAAACUGUUCAGGUUUUCACUAAUGCACCUACCCGCAUUGAUGAUUUUGAUGCUAGUCAAUAAGAAAUAUUGGAGUUCAGCCGAUUCCCAGACAGAGCAGUUAGAAGUUAAAUCGCAGGACGUUAAUAAAUUGCCCGAGGCGAAGAGGAUAACAGUACUGCCUAAAGGGCCAGUGGUGGUGGCCCAAGAUUCUUCUGACUCUAUACUAAAUUAACUACGCAAGCCACGUUGGAUGAACAACGCGUUGGGUUACUUGUAAGAUAUUUGUUUAAAUAGUGUCAGAUUUUUCGAGCUACCUUAAAGGCUAACGCGUACGUAGUGAUGGAUUACACGAGGUACGUAAAAAGCCUAUAUUUACACACACGUAAAAUAUAUACAAAAAACCCUUCGAAAUUGGGCCUUCUCUGCACUAAUUUUGUGAACUAUAUUCAGCGCUAUUGCUGUGUGAAAACGAAAUAGCACUAAUUCAUUCGUUCAUGUGCAUGUAAAUAGUUCAUUAUGAAUGAAGGUUAAAAGCAAAGCCGAGGAUAGAGGCGUGGCGUAUACUCCACCGACAAGAGCAUAGCUCUUAUACACGCUAGAUCGCUUUCUGUAAAUAAUGUACAAUUUGUUGUCGCUCUAGAAGGCUUGUAAGUUAAUGUUUUAAACGAUUUUAUUGCAAUCACGGUACCUAUAUUGUACUUAUUGUUUUGAACUUGUGUGAUAUAGGACAUUAUUUUUUAUAUCUUCUUUUAUCGAAUGAAGCAGUCUGUCUCCUACACUCUAAAGGGAGAGUAAUGUUUGUUUAUGGUAUUUCAUAAUGUUGAAUGUAAAUUACUAUACAUCAUUUUAUAGUAUUUGUAACUAAACUCCGUCAUUCAGGUUACCACUUUCCAAGUUGUGUGAUUAAUUUAUUUUUAGUAAUAUUAUGACAAAGUAGGAAAGAAUAAAUGAAAUUGCGAAUCAUAA